UCUGACGGUCUGAAGCAGGAGUUGGGUGAAAGAGCGACAAGGGGGAGGGGGCGUGUCGGCUUCGCCGCCCUCCUCCUCCUCCCGCCCCGCGCCCCCAGCCUCGGUGGGGAGGCAGCCCCCGGGAAGACAACGCAAGUGGUUGUAUAACAUGCGGCGUCCGCAGCCGGGGCAGUCGCUGCUGGCUCCCGGCGCCCGUGUUAGAAAGUCCUAGGGUGGCUGUCUGGGGACGUGGGCGGAAAAGAGGGGGGGCCUGGAAGGAACCCCUCUGCGCUCCUCCUGCCCCAGGGUGAGGGGCAGAAAGAAGGGAGAAUGACGUCUUGGGAAGGAUGGAACGCUGUGUUCACCCUUUGGGAUGAAGGUGGAAUCUAACUUCAGGACCACUAUGUCGGGUUGGAAAAUACACAACUCCUGCACAUAGAGAGAUGGGAAUGUGCAGAUAAGCCUUGGAUAAGUCCACUGAAGCCAAAAGGUCCCCUUGAUGGAUUGUCUCCUUGGUGGUACGCAGGGAUUCCAUUCCAAACUACUUGUUUAUGUACUUGUUGAGGCAUUUGAGAUCUAACACCACCGAACCAUACAUUUUGGGAACAAGAAAUAACAGUGAGUGAACACUGUGACAUAUGUCUAUCGAGGGCACUAGUUUGAUCGCCCGUAUCUGUUGAAGAUGACAAAUGGCCUGCUCCAUCCUCCAGUGUUUCUCUGGAUUGUUCAUCUUGAGGGAUGUUGGGAAAAACUUGGGUGGAUUGCUGCUUUUGCGGUCUAGGGAGUAACCAGCGAUCCUGGAUGGUGGACAUCCAGGUGGGAGUGAAGUCUAGAAGCCUGCCCCCGAUUGGAUCUGAGUCAUUGCUUUGGGGGGAUUUGAGAUUUGGUGUUGAAGGCCCUGGAUCCUUGCAACCUUGCAGGGGCUUCUAUAAUGCUGCCUCCCCUGUAAUUGCCCAGAACUCUUGAAGUUGUUGCUGCGGAAGUCUCUGGCCUGAUUGGCUGCAUUAGAGAGUCUUAAAAGAUUACACUGGUUGCUAAUAAGUUUCCAGGCAAAAUACAAGGUUUUGGUUAUAACCUAUUAAGCCCUAAUCAGCUUGGGCCCUGGGUAUUUAAGAGAACGUCUUCUUCGCUAUGAACUACGCAGCCCAUUGAGAUCAUCUGGAGAGGUUCGUCUGCAGUUGCCACUGGCUACUCAGAGAUGGUGGCUACUCAGAGACGGACCUUCUCCACUGCUGCCCUGAGGCUUUGGAACACACUUCCUGCUGAAAUAAGAGCCUCCCCAUCUCUUACAACUUUUUAAAAGGCAAUCAAGAUGCAGUUGUUCACCCAGGCUUUUAAUUAGAGAUUGUUUUAAUUGUGUUUUUAAUAGUUUUAACAUUUUAAAUUUUAACUGUUUUAAUGUGUUAAUCUUUUUAUCUGUUGUUUUUAUUGUUUUGUUGUAAACCACCCAGAGACCUGCAUUUUGGGCCGUAUACAAAUGUGUUAAAUAAAUAAAAUAAUAAAAAUAAAUACAUUACCUUGGAACUGGCUGUGGGGCGAAAGCAAGAGGAGUAGGAGCGAAAGGACCUACAAAAAUCUCUCAACGGUUUUUUGAACUCAGAUCUCAAGUGUGAAAAUUGUGAAUGCUGAAAACACACAAAUAUGGCUUGAAAAUAUCAAAAGUGUACAACUGAUUACCCUAAGUACAGUUGUUCUGUUAUAUAACUAAGGAGCUGAACACUGGGCAGCACUUUGAACUCUAUAAAAUUAUUGUCCAGCACUUAGCUAUUGCUGAAAAUGAGUGCUUACUUGGAAAUUGCAGAUGAUAAAAUGCCCACAGAGAACAUGGAUAUUCAGAUGAAGAAUGAACGAAAUCUGGACAGUCUUCAGGAAGAUAUUGAGAUGAGUGGUGGAUCAAGUGGAAAUGAUACCAAUGAAAAUUACACCAGUGGACAGGAUUCACAUAGCAGUGAAGGUGAUGAAAAUGGAAAAGAAACAGCUAUGAUUGUGGAAUCUUUAGACGGCUGUAAAAGCAAUGAACUGUCUUCUAAAUCGAAAACCCAGAAGGAACUAAUAAAAACACUGCAAGAACUAAAAAGGCAUCUUCCUCCUGAUAAAAAAAUUAAAGGCAAAUCUAGUAUUGUGGCAACUCUGAAGUAUGCACUUAGAAGCAUUAAGCAAGUUAAAGCCAAUGAAGAAUAUUAUCAGUUGUUGAUGGUUAACGAGAGCUACCCUUGUGGUCUUGAUGUAUUGUCCUAUACUGUGGAAGAGGUUGAAAGCAUUACUACAGAAUACAUUGUGAAGAAUGCGGAUAUGUUUGCUGUAGCUGUUUCUUUAGCCACUGGAAAAAUUCUAUACAUCUCAGAUCAGGCUGCCUCUAUUCUCUGCUGCAAGAAAGACUUCUUUAAAAAUGCCAAGUUUGUGGAGUUUCUGGCACCUCAGGAUGUCCCUGUGUUCUAUAGCUCUACUACUCCAUAUAGAUUGCCAUCUUGGAGUAUUUGCAAUGGAGUUGAGUCUGCCACCCAAGAGUAUAUGGAAGAAAAAUCUUUUUUCUGCCGCAUCAGUGCAGGGAAAGAACAUAUAAAUGAGAUCUGCUAUCACCCAUUUCGUAUGACUCCUUACCUUAUUAAAGUACAAGAUGUAGAGGAUCAGCUUUGUUGUGUGCUGCUUGCAGAAAAAGUACACUCUGGUUAUGAAGCACCUAGAAUUCCUCCUAAUAAAAGAAUUUUUACAACCACACAUACACCAAAUUGUUUGUUCCAGGAUGUGGAUGAAAGAGCGGUGCCUCUGUUGGGAUAUUUACCUCAGGACUUGAUUGGAACUCCUGUUUUAGUGCAUCUUCAUCCAAAUGACAGACCUUUAAUGCUUGCAAUUCACAAAAAAAUACUCCAGUGUGGUGGACAGCCGUUUGAUUAUUCACCAAUCAGGUUCUGCACUAGAAAUGGUGAAUACAUAACUCUGGAUACUAGCUGGUCCAGUUUCAUCAAUCCCUGGAGUCGAAAGGUUUCCUUUAUAAUUGGAAGACACAAAGUUAGAACAGGUCCCUUGAAUGAAGAUGUCUUUGCACCUCACUAUACAGAGGAUAAAAUCCUUCAUCCUAGCAUUCAGGAAAUUACAGAGCAAAUACAUCGGUUGCUAUUACAGCCUGUACACAACAGUGGCUCCAGUGGCUAUGGAAGCUUGGGCAGCAAUGGAUCGCAUGGACACCUAAUGAGUGCGGCUUCAUCCAGUGACAGCAACGGGAACAAUAAUGAAGAUGGCCAGAGGGUACACAAGCCUAACUCUUCUCAAGAUAUUUGUAAAGAUGGAAGUGUGGCCAAAACUAAAGGAGAGUGUGUCUUCUUUGAUUCCAAAUUGAAGCUUGAGGAUCAGAAAAAAUAUUAUGGAGAAAAGCCCGGUGACGGCUGUGAUGGUUUGAAAAGUGCUGCUCAGUCAGGUGAAAAUGAUGCUGUUGGAAUUGCCUGCCAAAGGAGCAUGGCUGUCGAAGAACUGGCUUGGGGAGAGCAGCCUGUGUAUUCCUAUCAGCAGAUCAGCUGUUUAGACAGUGUUAUCCGGUAUUUGGAGAGUUGCAGUGCACCUGAUGCAGAAAAGAAAAAGUCUCUGCCAACAUCAAAUGCUGUCUCUUUGAAUUCUACUAUGCACAGAGAAAAAUUGAAUGAUAAUACCAUUAAAAUAUCCACAGAAGAAAGUGUGCUGUCGAAAACUCACAUAGGUCCUGCCAUGUUGGAGACAUCUGACAAAUCAAAUGCUUCUCCUGUUGUUGGGGCUCACUUAACAUCUCUGACUUUGCCUGGCAAACCAGAAAGUGUGGUAUCUUAUACCAGCCAGUGCAGCUACAGCAGCACCAUAGUUCACGUUGGAGACAAAAAAACACAACCUGAAUUAGAAAUAAUAGAAGAUGGUCCUAGUGGAACAGAUCCCAUGGAUAAUCUGCCUGUUGCUCCACAAUCUAAUCACAAAAGCCAAGAAAAGGAACCAUUUAAGAAACUGGGGCUUACAAAGGAAGUCCUUGCAGUACAUACACAAAAAGAAGAGCAAAGCUUUCUGAACAAAUUUAAAGAAAUCAAAAGGUUUCAUAUUUUUCAAUAUCACUGCAAUUACUAUGUUCAAGAAAGACCCAAAGGACAUGCUGGUGAACGUGGUGUUCAUGGAUUACGGCAUGGUUCUGGAGUAGAACAAUUGUGGAAGAAAAGUGGCAAGAACAGGAAAUCCAAGUCAAAACGACACAAACCACAUGAAUCUUCAGACAGCACAACUUCUGGUACCAAACCCCCACACAAGUUUCCUUUGCUUGGCCCAAAUAGUACAGCCUGGUCUCCAUCAGACACUUCCCAAGCAAGUUAUCCAGCCAUGCCUUUUCCUGCAGUCAUGCCUGCAUAUUCCCUUCCAGUUUUUCCACCUGCAGGGACUGUGCCACCACCAGCUCCCGAAACUUCUCUUUCUGGCAUAAAUGAAUUGCAGAGCUUGGGAAGUCAUUGUUCUUUGCCACUGUCACAGUUCUCUGCACCUCUGGUGACUCCGAUGGUAGCACUUGUCCUCCCCAACUAUGUGUAUCCCCAGGUGAAUGGUGUCCCUCAGACGCUUUAUCCUGACCAGCCUAGCUUUUCUGCUCAGACUUUCUCUUCACAAGCACUGUAUACAGCACCACCUCAGUUCACUGGCUCAGACACAUUCCCCCCACAGACAUUAUUUCCAACACAACCGUUCCAAUAUAAUCCACCAGCAGAUAGCGAAAAGACCCCUGCCAUAGAAUCACGAAAUGAACCCUCACGUUCCUGCACUCCUCAGUCUCUCGGUGCACAAGAUCAGGCCUCGCCACCAUUGUUCCAGUCGCGGUGCAGUUCUCCUCUACAGCUGAACCUUCUGCAAUUAGAAGAAAUGCCAAAAGUGACUGAAGGUAGUGCUGCUGGUACUUUAGGUAGCCAUGGAGCUUUCACUGAUGAAGGAACCACUAACAAACCCAUCAACUCAAAUGAUUGUAACAGAAAAGCAUCUUCCCCUGUUGGAUCUCCAAUGGAAGCUCAAAAUAGUGAUGCCUUCUCUGUGUCAAGUGACUUACUUGAUAUUUUGCUUCAGGAAGAUGCAUGUUCAGGCACUGGAUCAGCUUCAUCAGGCAGUGGUAUUUCAGCAGCUGCUGAAUCUUUAGGUUCUGGAUCAAAUAGAUGUGGCAUGUCGGGCAGUGGAACAGGCAGCAGUAGUGAGACAAGCAAUACCAGCAAAUACUUUGGAAGCAUUGACUCCUCAGAAAACAACAGUAAAACAAAGAGUACAGAAAUGGAAGAAUGUGAGCAGUUCAUUAAACGUGUCCUUCAGGAUCCCAUCUGGCUGCUGAUGGCAAAUACAGAUGAUACCGUCAUGAUGACUUACCAGAUACCCUCCCGAGAUUUGGAAGCUGUUUUAAAAGGGGACAAACUGAAACUGAAACAAAUGCAGAAGUUCCAGCCAAAGUUUACUGAGGAACAAAAGAGAGAACUACUUGAAGUGCAUCCAUGGAUUCAGAAGGGGGAAUUUCCAGAAGCUGUUGCUAAUUCAGAAUAUAUAAACAAGUCUUGUGCACAAUAUGAAGAAGAAAUCCAUGAAAUGGAGCUUAAUGAAAUGAGUGAAGCCUGUGGGGAAAAUAGUUUGACUACCCUGAGCCAAUUCAACAGUGAAAAUGUGUAAUCCAUGAUGAUCCAUUUUGAAAGCGCCUGCUUUUAAUUGUUGCAGUGCACCAUUAGAUCUUAAAGGUUUUAAAACUUGUUUCUUGUGAAAUGAUCUCAUUUAUAUAAAACAAAUGGAUUUUUUGUUCUAGAAAAAGGUCAUUUGUGAUGAAACUCUUUGAAUGGGGAUGUUCCUUUCCCUCUCUACUAGCCAUUGCUAAAGAUGUACAAUUCUUUUUCAUUUUUUAAAAAAGUUCAGAUUGUCAAAUGUGUACAAUUUUUCUUUAAAAUUGCAGAGAUUACCAAUGGAGUUCAAUUGAACAGAAUAAGAACAGUUGUAAAGUACUGUGCUGUGCUAGAGUUCCUUUCCACCUCAAUUUUCCAAUAAUGCAUAAUUUGACAAAUUAAUAUAGUUCCAGUUUUGGAGUACUAUAUAUCUAAUGAAUUUCCCAUUAGUGUAUUAAAGCUUUAAUAGUACACAAAUGUUCCCACUUAGGUUUAAUAACUUCAUCCAAUCCCAUCUACAAUCUGAAAUUGUUAAAAACAAUUUAAAAUAUUUUUGCCUUUCUGUAAUAGCCAAACAUCAGUUUAACUUUUUAGAAACGGUAAUAUGCAUGAAAAAGCCUUAACCUUUUUUCCUAUUAAUUUCAAAAUAUCAGAAAAUGUUAAACUACUAUUUUUCACUACAUAUCCAAUUUCCAGGCAAUCCUCCAUGAAAUCAGAACUGAACUGAAAUCUGCUUUUGGUUAAACGUUGCCAGUUAUUGGUUACUUGUUACCAUUUGUGUGCACUAGCUUUCAUAUCUAGUCGGACAUUUAGUAACUGUGCCGUCAAAAAUAUAUAGUUCAGCCUUUCAGAGAAGCACACAAAAAUUAACUAGUGCUCAAAAACUAAAUUACUACCCUAUCCAUUAACAUGGUCUUACUUAUCACAGGCAUCUUGAGUGCUGGCAUCUUGCAAACUGCAUAUACUAAAGGAAUUGUUUGCCCAGCAGAAGAGCUGGCAGCAUAUCUCUUUGUAGCGAAGAAUAAUUGGCUACUGGUAUUCAACGGUAAAUUAUAUAUAUUUUAGAAGUGGAUUUCUCAAACGAAGGAGUCCACCAUUGAAGAAGCCAUGGAAGUAAAUGACCAAGCCAUAUUUCAGCUUCUGCUUGUCCUCCCCUUUGACUUUUCAGUCCAGCUGACAUUCUUUUUCACAACUUUCUUUCUACUGCGGUUACUUUAAAUAUGUGCAUUCCCCUACUGAUGGCAGUGCUGCUUCUUUGUGUUGUAGAUCAUGGUGAAAUUAUAUUCAUGGCUUCAGCUGUAAUUGGAGCUGCAGUAUAAGCCUUAAAUUAUGUCUAGUGUGUAGCUGUAUAGUAUUUCUCUUCAGUUCACACUGACAUCUCUGAAGCUUGUCUCUUAUUUCUGUCUCAAAAGUUUUAACGUUCAGAGAUAUUGAAAUAUAGAUAUAGCAUAAAAUGUUGUAGAUAAAAUGUUUCUUGUAGCUGAAUAGUGUAGAAACCAACUUCAGGAUAUAUUCACUUCUUAAAAAGUAACCUGUAAUGAACUAGACAGAUGCAAUCAUAACUCUAUGUUCCAAACAAUGUUUUCCAGUCAUGUUUAAUAGUAAAGCAUAAGACGUGUCAUGCAAGAUCUGACUAGUGACUCACUGAGGCAAUUAUUCUGUUUUGGAGCAUCUUGUAAUCUGUGUUUAAGGAAGCCCCAGGACAAUAAUGGCUUGAUGCAUUCCUGUCUUUCACUCCAGCUUUCCUGCUAGCCCGAAGCUCACAGGCACCAUGAACACGAGUCUGUAUCCAAUCAAUAUUAUCUAAGCCAACACAUUUCACAAAUUAAUUGUGGGUUGUAUAGAAUAAGUGCCCUUGUUGUUUUUCAUCUUGUGCCUGUGAAUUUCUUCUGGAGCCCCUAACACUUGUAUUAUGGGAGAGGGGUAAAUAAUACUUCUGUGCACUUGUUUUAUAUUCUUCUCUCAGAAGCUCAUUGAAUUGGAGAAUCGAACUUACAUGCAUGUAGGUAUGAAUUCUGAGAACUUUUUCUAGAUGUAUUUUAAGUUGUCAUUAUUGCGGGGGUAUAUUACUCGAUACUGCAGGUACAUAAGCAGCUAGUGUAUAUUGUGUUACACACAAACACUGUAAUUUAACCAGGGACAUUUUAGGAAACAAAGCUUUUUCUAGUAUAACAUGUACACAAAUCUUGAUGCUACAAUUGCUUAUGCACAGCAUUUAUAUAUCCUUUGUAAAUCACAUGGGAAAUGUUCAGUGCUGAAAACAAACUUCUGGGUCCAGUUAACAUUAUGGUGAAGUUGGGCACUUAGUGGAUUUAUGUGUGUUUUGUUUUUCAAACAGCCAUCCACUGUCCUGCAGGGUGAAAUGGCUUUGGAAACGUAGGAGAGCUUUAAAAGCAGUUCUGUGAAAUAGCAUAGAGAGUCUGUUACUUAAAGAGGAAAAAGUUUGAAGUCUUCUCAAGCUUGUCAAGUUCUCCCUAUCCCUAAAACUUUGCUGCUGGAUUGUCACAAGAGUGGUUUAGUGUAUUGAACAGGGUUUUAAAGAUGUAAACUAUUUUUGUAAUGAUCUCUACCAUUGGUAUGUUGUGGGCAGUCAUUUUAAUGACAACAAUUUAGAAAGGAGGACAUUUAUUUAAAGCCUUUACUGAAUGUUUUAAUAAAUAUAUCUACAUCCAUUUAAAGUGUAUUUUUAUUUACAGGGUAGUACUAAAAAAAUUUCCUGUAACUUUUAAAAUUUCAAGCCUCCAUUUUUGACAAAAUUCUGAAAACUGAACUUACUCCAGAUUGAUUGAAUUGUGACUUAGCUUAAUUAUACUUUGAUGUUUUCCCAUUCAGAGAUCAUGUUUCUGUAUAUUGUGCAAUAUACUGGUCUUUGUCACUUGUGACUGAUUUUUAUUACUUGCUUUUUAGAAACUUGGUAAAUAAAGCAAAUUUAUUUUUA